GAGAGUCGGUCCAAGAAUUGAACCCUGUGGCACCCCCAUAGAGACUGCCAGAGGUCCGGACAGCAGACCCUCCGAUUUGACACACUGAACUCUAUCAGAGAAGUAGUUGGUGAACCAGGCGAGGCAAUCAUUUGAGAAACCAAGGCUGUCGAGUCUGCCGAUGAGGAUAUGGUGAUUGACAGAGUCGAAAGCCUUGGCCAGAUCAAUGAAUACAGCUGCACAGUAAUGUUUCUUAUCGAUGGCGGUUAAGAUAUCGUUUAGGACCUUGAGCGUGGCUGAGGUGCACCCAUGACCAGCUCUGAAACCAUAUUGCAUAGCAGAGAAGGUAUGGUGAGAUUCGAAAUGGUCGGUAAUCUGUUUGUUGACUUGGCUUUCGAAGACCUUAGAAGACCUCAGAAUGCACUAUAUUAUUAUCUUAUGAUCUUUGGGUUAGAAGGAAAGUAUUGUUGGCCUACUUAGUAUGAUAUACAAUAGAUUGAUUUGCAUGCAACAAUCAAAUGAAUUAAUCAAUAGAUAAGUCAAGUAAGUAAAUAUAGUGCUAUAUCAAUGACCCCAAAGGUAUUGUUGACACGAUUAUCACAUCCACUGUAUGUGUGAUGUGAGUUCAGAUCAUGUUGCUGUUGUUAUUUACUUUCCAGAUGAAGACCUGUUGCUCUCUAAACUGCCAUUUAAUAUACACAAAAAUGAUGAGAGCAGGAGAGCCAUACAGUAAACAGUACACUAGAUGGCAGCAAAGCGACCACUAAGACCCGACAGGAAUGAUGAGAAAUGAAUGUCUACACUGUAGGCUACUGCACUGUACUAUCAGAAAUAGUGGAGUCCUACAGCCCCAAUAUAGGCAAAUACAAUUGUAUAUCUUAAUUGUUAUUCCUAUGUCAAAAAGUCAUGGGCUAUUUGUAGAGACAUGAUAGCCGUGGUAUAAUGGCCAUAUACCACACCCCCUUGGGCCAUAUUGCUUAAUUAUAACCUGAUUAUUAACAUUUCAAACCAAAGCCUAGGCGACUCCAAAACAACUCUUCAGGUCUCAGGCAAGGUUACUCAUCACAUAAGUGUGGUCAGUCACACCAACACCUAUAGAAGGCGUCUCCACGGACCUGUUCAGGUGGAUGUAAUAACAUAGAUUGUUCAGAUAGAAAUGUAUUGUGUAGAACAGACAUUAGAAACAGAAUGAAUAGAGAAGACUAUCAGCAACGUUCAGAUUGUUUCACAUCACUGAAUACACACCAGCUCUCCAAAGAAGACAGGUGGGUUGUGAUGAGGACUGGAGGUGGUGGCAGUACUGUAAGGACCCCACACGGGAUGUAUUAAUGUGCCCAGUGGGAUGCCUGUGGCCAUGACAUCCCCCAUCUCCUUUGGAAAUGUUAAUGAGGGCCGGAGGUGACAUGAAGAAAUGAGUAAUCAGAACAAACAGUGCAUCUCCCAUGGUGCCAAGGGGCAACGCCGUCAGGAAAGGUUAGACUUCCUUCGUUCAGUGAGGUAUCCGUCUUUGCUACCAGCUAUUGCUAAUAAUGUUUCCUACAGUGGGGUUUUAUUUCCCAUUCAUCCUCAAAGAAGUCAACAAAAAUCUAUUCUGACGUACCACUCCAACCAGGCCAACUGUUGACAGUUUGGUUAUCAUUUGAAAUCAUGAAUAACAUGGCCCAGUCAACAAGUAGAGUAGAAUAGUGUAAAGUCUGGGACAUUUGAGUUGUCAAACCAGUAGUUUACAGCAGCUCACACUUUAACUACAAACAAAAAUAAAUAAUGUCCCACAUUUAGGGCUCUAUUCAGUCUUUAAAGCUGAAGCGUUACAGAUUCCGCUGUAAUUUACGAUUGAGCCGACGUGCAUCAUUCUCUGUGAAGCCAGUCUCUGCUUCAAGAGGGAACAUUGCCUUUAAACUUGAAUCACGCAGAAAGGCUUAAACUCCAGCGAUGCGGAUUGAACAGAGCCGCCAGGCUGCGUUUACACAAGCAGCCCAAUUCUGAUCUUUUUUAUGUUAAUUGCUCUUUUGUCCAAUCAGAUCUGAAAAACACCUGAUGUGAAAAAAUGAUGUGAUUGGUCAAAAUACCAAUUAGUGGAAAAAAUAUCAGAAUUGGUCGGUCUGUGUAAACGCAGCCUCAAUACGCACUUGCAUCUUUGCCCUUUUGCUGAUAAAUGAAUGCUUACUUCUUCUGGGUACAUGAUGGGGGUGGGGAGAAGAAGAUGGAGAUUAGUGGGGGGGGCAGUGGGCAAACCUUCCAAUUAACAUUUGAGUCACUCCAUAUCAUUAGCAGCUCUGUGUGGCGCAUUAGGACCACACAUCGUGCCGGAGACGCACCAGGGCUGGUGGGGCUAAUCUCAACUGACGCAACACCCCUGGGCCUGGCUGAGACAGACGUCACCCUCCGUCAACACUAGACUGUGAAUGAGUCCCAAAUGGCACCCUAUUCUACUCCCAAAAGAGUGCCAUUUCAGACGGGUCCUGGUCAAAAGUAGUGCACUAUACUGGGAAUAGGAUGUCAUUUCAGGAGCACACUAUCAUCAUCACUGGGCUCGGGGUUUGUUUAGAUCUGAAAUGCCGCUUGUAAUGCUGUGUUGUUUGCCAUGCCCACUUCACACUUGUCAAUUCCAUGUCACAACUUUGCAGAUAUUGGAUGUUGGACAGAUGUAUAAUAUUGUUUUGUUCUUGUGACUGUGUCAAACCCCUGUGACCUUCUUUACUUCUUCCCUACAGCUAGUGACCCCGAUGACACGCGCACACACACACACACACGCACACGUCCUCAUCAACCAAUCACAUCCCUGUAUUGGUAUGAGGAAGAGCCAAGGAUGAAGAAACCUAUAUAUUGGUGGCGCCACUAUUAUGUGACACUUGGACAGGGCUGUGUUUUGUGUGUGGACCAACGGCCAUCUUCGUUCUCUGACAUCCAGCCGUUGUUUUGUUUUCCAAUAGGAUAGUUAUUGUUGAACAUCCAGUCAACAUCCAGAUUAUCGCUGCUGAAUACAGCAUUGAAGGAUACAUUCGGUAUACAGUUUAACCAAUAGGAAAGGUACAGACAGGGGAGAUGCUGUGUUCCCAGCUGCAGGUGUUACUGGUGGCUCUAUCUGCCUCAGUGUUUCUGGCGAGGGUCAGCGCCGCUCCACACAGAGACAUGCUAGCUGAACUACUGAGAGCAGAUACAACCAAGGGCAACGAGGAUCUCUCCCGCACCCUCCUGCUGAAGAUAAUGUCGGACCUGAUGAGCACAGCCGUGGGGGAGAACGAGGUCCUACCGGACCUGGAGGAUGCACUCGGGGUGAGGGAGGAGGUGGUGCGCCAGCUACCCCUCUCCCAUCGGGAACGCAAGGCUGGAUGCCGGAACUUCUUUUGGAAGACAUUCACAUCGUGUUAACUUGCCAAGCAGCCUCUUCUUUGUGCUGGAUCAUUUGAAGACAUAUUUCUUGCAAUGUCACAAAUGUAAAAUGACAGCUACUUUUCCUUUUGCACUGUUCAUGAUCAAUUAAAAGGUCUAGAAUGAU